GGGAGGGACGGGGUAGAGCGUCUCCUCACCGGAAGAGGAAGCAGAGUACGCUUGCCACCCCCGCUUCCCCCCACCGUCUCUAUGGUCCACUGCGAACGCGCUGAUCCAGGCGUUACCUGCUUUUGGAAGGCGAUGCCUCUAGACUGAUCGCUCCAAGGCAGGGGUUGAAAGUGAGCAGAUUUCCUCUUACUUCUCUCUGGACCAAAAGGGAAUGACCCAAUUCCAAAUCCCUCUUAACAUUUUCAAGGACAACCAGAAUUCUGUUUGUUCAGCUACUUGGACAGGGACAAGAACCAAGUGUGAAGCAGGAAAAGAACACAGACACCGAAAAGGAGACAGAAAGACAGAAUGGAAGGCGACCAAUGAAACGGAAGAGUACAUCUAAAAAUUUCAAAGAGUGCUAAUUUUUACAAACUCCAGAUGAUUCGGAAAAAAGUCAAGGAACUGGGAGGAGAAGGUGCAUCACGGGCAGAAAAGCAUUCAAAUGAACUUCUGAUAUCAAUAGAUAUGGCUAGGUCUACCCAAAAGAAAAAUUAAAUCAAUGAAUGGAGCAUAUAAAGACCAUGAAUAUGACCAAUAAUUUGUCAGGCGAAGAACCAUUCAGAGAGGUGAAGCAGUAUAAAUGCCUCCCGUGUGGAAAGAGCUUCAGCCAAAGGAGUAUGCUGACUUCACAUCAAAGAACCCAUACAGGGGAGAAACCAUAUCAAUGCAUGGAAUGUGGAAAGAGCUUCAGUCAAAGUGGUAACCUUAGGUCACAUCAAAGAACUCACACAGGGGAGAAACCAUAUAAAUGCAUGGAAUGUGGAAGGAGCUUCAGUCGGAGUAGUUUCCUUAGGUUACAUCAAAAAACUCACACUGGGAAGAAAUCAUAUGAAUUCAAUGAAUGUGGAAACAGCUUCAAUUGGAGCACUACCCUUAGGUCACUUCAAAGUACUCACACAGGGGAGAAACCAUAUAAAUGCAUGGAAUGUGGAAGGAGCUUCAGUCGGAGUAGUUUCCUUAGGUUACAUCAAAAAACUCACACUGGGAAGAAAUCAUAUGAAUUCAAUGAAUGUGGAAACAGCUUCAAUUGGAGCACUACCCUUAGGUCACUUCAAAGUACUCACACAGGGGAGAAACCAUAUAAAUGCAUGAAAUGUGGAAAGAGUUUCAGUCGUAAGGAUCAUCUAAAUACACAUCAAAGAACCCAUACAGGAGAGAAACCAUAUAUAUGCAUGGAAUGUGGAAAGAGCUUCAGUUGGAGCAAUAUCCUUAGGUCACAUCAAACAACUCACACAAGGGAGAAUCCUUACAAAUGCAUGGAAUGUGGAAGGAGUUUCAAUCGCAAGGAUCAUCUGAAUACACAUCAAAGAACCCAUACAGGAGAGAAACCAUAUAUAUGCAUGGAAUGUGGGAAGAGCUUCAGACAGAGUGGUGGCCUUAGGUCACAUCAAAGAACCCAUACAGGAGAGAAACCAUAUAUAUGCAUGGAAUGUGGGAAGAGCUUCAGACAGAGUGGUGGCCUUAGGUCACAUCAAAGAACCCAUACAGGAGAGAAACCAUAUAUAUGCAUGGAAUGUGGGAAGAGCUUCAGACAGAGUGGUGGCCUUAGGUCACAUCAAAGAACCCAUACAGGAGAGAAACCAUAUAUAUGCAUGGAAUGUGGGAAGAGCUUCAGACAGAGUGGUGGCCUUAGGUCACAUCAAAGAACCCAUACAGGAGAGAAACCAUAUAUAUGCAUGGAAUGUGGAAGGAGUUUCGAUCGCAAGGAUCAUCUGAAUACACAUUCAGCAAGUACGCCUCCGCUUUCCCUCUCCUUUCACUGCUACUCAUCCCCCUGAUGCGCUAACUAUUUUUACUGAUGGUGCGCCUACCAGAGGUGUGAUUACCCUUCAGCAACCUUCCAGAACCUGCAAAACCUGCUUUACUCAGACCUCUGCCUUGAUUUUUCUUUACAUUUCCUGUUUUUGACUUUAAAAAACCUCACUUAUCUCAGAAGGAAAUUACCAUGUUUAAUCUGCUCUUCAUUCUUUAUGUCCCCUCUUUUUCAGUCCUAUUGACAGUCACUCAUUUUUUUCAUCAGAGUGCUAAACAAUUUCAUUAGCAAUUUUCUGUUCUGCUUUCUGAAGCUCAAGACUUUGUCUCCUCCUGCUCUUCCUGUUCCAUGUCUCCCAUUUCCUUUCGUUUUGAUGUUCCUUCCCUUGCUCCUCUUUCUUAUGUCCAUCUAACUAUUGAUACUUAUUCAGGAUACAGCCUUUUGCCUUGCAAAACUCCUCGACUCGGCUGAGACGAGAAAGCUUAUCUCUUGAUAGUACUUGUGAUGAUAAUGUUACUUUGUUAUCCAAAGCAGAAUAUGUUUUGCUGGCUGUAUUGCCAGCUGGCCUUGCUGUUCAUAAUUCUCACACUCUUGCCAACAUUGCGUGCACCUUAGCUACAGCCAUUAACCACACUUCCACUGCUAUUGCCCUGCUGAAUCAGGGACAACAACAGCUAUAUGAUGCUAUUUUAGACAACCACACAGCACUGGAUUAUCUCAUGUUGUGUAAUCACAUCAGUUGUGAGUCUUUUGCCAAUCUCUGUUGCUUUAACUUAUCUAAUAAUAGGCAUGCAGUAAAUAAUCAGAUUGCUCAGUUUAGACAGCUUGCCAAUAACAUACAAAGGGACAUACUUCCUUCCUGGUGGGACAGUUUGUGGUCAUGGCUACCCCACUUUGGAUGGCUUUGCAUUAUGUAAAUGUAUGGAAUUAUGUUCCUCAUAAUCCUUAUAAGUUCCUGUUGCUUUAUUCAAUGUAUACCAACCUUCUUUUCCAUGAUAACUACCUGUCUCAAAGCUUCGUCCUCAGGCCUUUGCCAAAAAGACAUAUUUUUUUCGCAAAUAUAUGAAAGAAUAUGUGCCUUUGCUUAACACACAAACAAAAAGGGGAAAUGUGGGAAACUCUUGCCUAAAGGUUGUAGCUGCAUUCUGUUUCAGUGAUGUGCAUACCCUCCUGGCAAGAUGUGGCAGCUGUCAGCAGGCAGGGUAGCCCCUUCUUCUGCCCUUUCACUUAAAGGUAGAGCAUAAGAUCAAAGGGUUAUUGUAGCCAAUCCUACCUAACUAGUAUCCUAUCUGUUUCUCUCAUAACAUAUUAUGUAAUCAUGCUAAGUCAAUAAAAAGGGCCCUCAGGGCAUUGGCAGUGGGCUCCGCUGGCUCCGACAUCCGCUGUCGACUCCUUUGUUCUCUCUCUUAAGGCAAUUAGCCUUUUUUUUGUUCCAUGAUCAUCUACAAUUGGGCUGAACCCAUCCUGACUGGCAUGCUGUCCUUUCCUGAGAAGAGCAGGGAGAAGCCACUAAAUCUCCAGAGGCAGAACACAUGACCCAUCACAGAAGUGACAACUUUCUGGGGAGAAGAGGAAGAUAGAGAGAUGAGAAGAGUCACAGAGAAAACCAGGAAGGUAGAGAUAGGUCUGGGUGAGGAAUCUGAGAUUCAGACUAGAAAAGGGAUGGGAGAGCCUGAAAAUAAAGAGCCAGAGUUGUCUAAAGUGGACGUUCCAGUGAGGAAAGCAGAAGGUCCAUCAGAGGAAAGGAAGAAUCCACUGGGCGAGGGAACAUUAGGAGCAGGGGAGGUACAGGAGAAAAAAGAC